CAUAAACUAAUUAUCAAAAAUAAAAAUGAGCAUAAACCAUAGAAGAAGAAAAGGAGAAGGAAAAGGAAGAGGGUAAAUGUGGUUCCCAGAAACCAUUUCAAUGUUCUUCACAUUUCCCUCUCCUCCUUUUUUCUCCCUUUUUUCUUUCUUCAUAAACCCAACCACUUAAAUUCAUAUAUCAUCAUCACAUUCUUCAAUUCAUACCAAUUUUUUAUUCUCCUUUUGAAAAUCUCAAAAAUGUUUAAUUGUUUCUAGCAAUUCAUCAAUUCCACACCUUUAUGCAUAAUAUAUUGGGUGGUGAUUCAAUUUGCAGGCUACCUGUUUGAUGUUUUGCCCUUUCUUUCCCUUCUUCACGUUCAAAAUCGGAUUUAUCUGAUUGGUGUAAGAAGGGAAAGAGAGCAGAAUUUCAAGGCUAACUUGGUUUAGAUUUUUCGAAUUUUUUGAAAAUUAAUCAAUUUGUUGAUAUUUUUGAUAAUUCCAAAUGGCUGCCAUAUCUGGUGUUGUUUCCCGCCAAGUUCUGCCUGCUUGUGGUUCUCUUUGUUUCUUUUGCCCUUCUUUGAGGGCUAGGUCCAGACAGCCUGUCAAGAGGUACAAGAAGCUCAUUGCCGACAUUUUCCCUCGUAACCAGGAAGACGAGCCAAAUGAUAGGGCAAUAGGAAAACUUUGUGAUUAUGCUGCCAAAAAUCCUUUACGCAUACCAAAGAUUGUUAAUGCCCUUGAGCAAAGGUGUUACAAAGAGCUGCGGAAUGAGAAUAUUCGCUCAACAAAAAUUGUCAUGUGUAUCUACAAGAAAUUUCUGUUUUCUUGUAAAGAACAAAUGCCAUUGUUUGCUAGUAGCUUACUAAGUAUUAUCCACACCCUGCUGGAUCAAACACGGCAGAAUGAAAUGAGAGUUAUUGGAUGUAACAUUCUUUUUGAUUUUGUAAAUAAUCAGGUUGAUGGAAGUUACCUGUUCAGCUUAGAAGGUGUUAUCCCAAAGCUCUGUCAAUUAUCUCAAGAAACAGGGGAAGAUGAAAGGGCUAGAAUUUGUCGUUCAGCUGGUUUGAAAGCUCUUUCAUCAAUGGUUCGUUUUAUGGGGGAACACUCUCACAUAUCAGUUGAGUUUGAUAAUAUUGUUUCAGCUGUCUUGGAAAAUUAUGAAGUUCCGAAGGAAAAUUUGGCUAGUCUUGAUAAUGAGGAACAAGGAAUUGAGAAUAAGUCGGAUCACGACACUGCCAAUGAGGGUCAAAUAUCUCCUUUGCUAGAUGUCAAAAAGAGAAACCCAUCUUGGAGUAAAGUUGUUAACGACAAAGGCGAAGUAAAUUUUGCAAUGGAAGAUGAAGGGAAACCCUCUUUUUGGUCCGGGGUUUGCCUACAUAGUAUGGCCAAUUUAGCUAAGGAAGGGACUACUAUACGUCGUGUAAUGGAAUCUUUGUUCCGGUAUUUCGAUAACGGCAAUUUGUGGUCUAUAAACCAGGGUCUUGCUUUUUCUGUGUUGAAGGACAUACUAUUUUUGAUGGAUGAUUCUGAGAAAAACACACAUGUAUUGCUGGCAAUGUUAAUUAAGCAUCUAGAUCAUAAAAUUGUUCUUAAAGAACCCAACAUGCAGCUGGACAUUGUUGAGGUGGUCACUUCACUGGCUCAAUAUGCAAAGGUCCAACCUUCUGUAUCAAUAAUUGGUGGAGUAAGCGACAUGAUGAGACAUUUGCGGAAGACCAUACAUGGUUUUCUAGAUAACUCAAAUCUGGAGACUGAUGCAAUCAAUUGGAAUAAGGACUUCAGAAAAGUUGUGGAUAAAUGCCUUGUUCAGUUAGUCAAUAAGGUUGGAGAAGCAGACCCAAUUAUUGAUGUUAUGGCUGUGAUGUUAGAGAAUAUCUCAACAAUUACAAUGACGUCCCGAACCACGGUCUAUGCUGUCUAUCGAACGGCUCAAAUUGUAUCCACCUUACAAAACCUGUCUUAUCAGAAAAAGGCAUUUCCCGAGGCAUUGUUUCACCAACUGCUUUUGGCUAUGGUCCAUCCCGAUCAUGAGACACGAGUGGUAGCUCACCGCAUUUUUUCUGUCAUUCUUGUGCCAACUGCUUCUGAUCCCAAAGUAUUGGGUGUUCCACGAACACUUUCGCGAGCAGUCUCUUUUUUCACUUCUUCAGCUUCUAUAUUUGAUAAACUAAGACUGGAGAAACGUUCUUCAAGUGUAAGAUUAAGUCAGUAUAACAGAGAAAAUUUUGCUGGAGAGAUUGAACCAGCUAGUAACAGUAUUGGCAUCAUAAACAGAUUGAAGUCAAGCCAUAGUCGGGUAUCUAGUGUGAAUAACCCUCCUCUAAAGAAUAAAAUGGACGAAAUUACUGCAAACAGUGAUAAACAAAACUUGGAUGUUGUUGCACUCAGGCUGAGUAGGCAUCAGAUUAACCGACUGAUAUCAUCAAUUUGGGCACAGUCUAUAUCUCCUGAAAAUAUGCCUGUAAACUAUGAAGCAAUUGCUCUUACAUACAGCUUGGUGUUGCUUGUUUCUAGAGCUAAGAGUUCUUUUCAUGAGUUAAUAGUUCGGAGUUUUCAGCUUGCAUUUUCUCUAUGGAAUAUUUCUCUUAAAGAAGGGCCAUUGCCACCAUCUCGUCGGAGAUCACUUUAUACUUUGGCAGUUUCAAUGAUUAUGUUUUCUUCAAAAACAUACAACAUUGUCCCUCUUGUCCAAAGUACCAAGGCAGUGCUUACAGAGAAAAAGGUUGACCCCUUCCUUCAUUUGGUUGAAGACAAAUUGCAGGCUGUCAGCUUUGCACCUAACAAUCUGACCAUCAGCUAUGGAUCCAAAGAAGAUGAUGAAAGGGCCACACACACACUUUUGGAAUUAUUUUCUUCUGUACACCAAAUGCAGGAAUGCUUUGCAUCUGAAAUCAUCAGAAGCUUGGACAUUUUUUCAAAAGCUGAAUUACUGUCAAUAAGAGAGAAGCUGCUAGAAGAAUUCUCACCGGAUGAUACGUGUAAGAUUGGAAUUCAGUUGACCACAAAUAUUCCAAGAAAGGAUAGUUCAGUAGUUGACGAUGAUUUUAUUUAUGAACUAUUUGAAAGUCAAUUAAAACAAACUCCAAGAUUGUCCACGGAGGUCCCUAAUCUUUUGAGUGCUAAUCAACUUUUAGAAUUAGUUCUCGACCCAUCUCAUCCUGCUGGGAGGAUUUCUGUAUCGACUGCAUUUAAUACGCCUUACAAGGAUAUGGCUGAUAACUGCGAAGUACUCAUGAUGGGAAAGCACAAUGUGUCUAGAUUGAUGAGUACCGCCAAUCAGGCACAAGAAAGUUUAGCAAACUCCACUUUACCAACAAACGACAAUGAAUCGAAAAACACGGAUUCAUCUUCCACUGAGGAUCCCUUGAAGGUGGAAAAGGUGGACAAUUCUUUCUUUGAUGAUAAUACUUUUGUGGAAUUGUACCAACCAACUUCUACCCCUGCUCCAUUAUUCUGUGGAGCGGAUUAUCAAAACCAGCCUCAGUUUUUCCAACUGCCAACAGCAAGUCCCUUUGAUAACUUUCUGAAAGCCGCCGGUUGUUGAUCCUGUACAUGUAUCAUAAUGAGGAAAGCAGUAAGGCUUCUAAGCACUGUAAUUUCACUGGUGCUAAGGUCAUAUAUCUGAACAUAUUAUAGUGUUGCUGUUUUGAUCAUAAUGGGUUGUGUUUCCGAAUUUUUUUGAUAUUCAAUUCUUUACUACUUUUUCACCUAACCUUGUAUAUUGGCCUAGAAAUGCUUCAUGCUAUGCUUUCAUUGUAAAUUAUAAUACUCUUUUGACAUUCUAUUUCCAUGUACAUAUACGGAAACUGCAGGUUUAAUACAUAUAGAAGAAAUUUACAUGGUA